CGGCCCACCAGGUCGGUCAGCAGUCAGCACGUCUCCGUCCCCGACGAUGCCGGGGAGCAAUGCCAAUGGAGGGCGCAGCCUGUACGGACACGGCCGACCGGCCAUCUUCAUCCCCCUCUCCUUGCCGCCCUCGGUUCCGGACUCUGCUCCCCUGCCCCAUACCCCCACCGCUCCUCACGCCUCGCCUGACUGCCAAGGCAAUCCCGGAAGCUCCUCCCGCGCGCGAACAUGGUGAUGUUCUUUCCCUGUCCCGUGUUACUUGUUUCGGAUCAGUAUAUAUAUAUGGACAUUUCAUGUUUCAUGAAUAUAUUGUUACUGUGAUAUUCUUGAUCCGUUAUAUUUGUAAUCUUUGGAUCUUGCCCGCUGCUUGGAUCUAGGCAUCUAGUUUUCCCGGUUUGUCAUAGGCUGCGCAUGGCGGAGUCACACUAAGCAACAUGCUCUGGACCUUAGACAGAUGGACCAAAUGCGCAUGCUUGUUAAUUCGAUUCCCCCUCAUCAGCGCCAACAAGCUGCCGGCAUGCUUUAACAUAUGAUGCUUCGUUGCUAUUUCUGGAAUGAAUAGACCUGAUGUUCCGAGGCACACAUGUUUUAUUUUCUUCUUCAGAAUGAAGUCAAAUUUCACUGCUCUGCUAGAAAUGACCUGCUGGAACGUUGGUGCAGAUUUGGCCUGCAACAACGCAGAGGAGGUGAUCUUAUGUAACUACAAAAGAUAGUAAUGGGGAUAUCCAAGGUGACAGGCAUUGCCGCGACAGCUUUUCUUGUCACAUCUGUUAGUCUGUGCCAGUUGGGAAUGAGGAUUAUUAUGCUUCCAUUCCUAGCCACCGGUAUUGUUGCUUCCAUUGUCACGGUUGCAUCGCAUGAUGCCAUCAACCUACCGUGGAUCUUGGGGAAGAACUCGGUUGGAAGAUUUCCUCUUUGGUCGAUUAUACUGUUUGGUCCUUUCUUGACGCUUGCUCGGACAUAUGCGAUGGUUAAGAGAUACAUGAGGAAGGAGGCCGUGUAUGACAAGAUCGUGGAAGGCCUAUAUCUCGGAGGAUGGCCGUUUCUCUUGAAACAUUUGCCCCCUGGAAACCCAUCUGUCAUAGAUUGCACUUGUGAGCUUCCAAGAAGUUCAUUCGUUCCAGCAAACGAGUAUCUUUGCCUUGCAACUUGGGAUACCAGAGCUCCAACACCGCACCAGAUCGAAAAGGCUGCACGUUGGGCUUGUGAAAAGAGAUCUGAGGGGAAGCCAGUUUAUGUCCAUUGCGCAUUUGGUCAUGGAAGAAGUGCCUGUGUUGUGUGUGCAAUUCUAGUAGCGCUGGGUACUGCUGAGAACUGGAAAGAUGCUGAGAACAUCAUCCGUGAAAGAAGAAAGAUAAAAAUGAACGCCCUUCACCGUAAAACCUUGGAAGAGUGGUCCAAACAACGAGUUCGUCAGAAAAAGGAUAAGUAGUUAUCGGAGGGCCUGAAUCCACCCAUCCAGAGGAAGCAGCGCUCGGCGGGGGUCGUCCACACCCCAGUGAUGAGGUGGAACACGUCGGAUUUGGCCGCCAUGGCCUUGAGCUGGAACAGCUCGUCGUGGUGGGUGAGGGCGUCGUCGACGAUGGCUCUGAGGUCACCGUCUGCCAGGUGCGCGUGUAGGGCUCCGUUCAGCUCGGCCAGGCGCCGGCUGUGGUUGUCCAGCCACCGGGCGUACUCCACGUCAAACAUGGCGGCACCUGGACACGUACACCACUCGUCACUCGUCAGUCAGAGAGAAAUGGCAUACCGUGGCAGUUGGUAUGUACACAGCUGAAGAGAACGCCGAGAAAUGUAUCAUCAGAUGAGGCACCUGAACUGGUGCUUGCACCCGGAUCUCCUCCAAGAAAGAGGCCCUGAAAGGUUUAGGACAGGACACACAGAACUUCAUAUUUCCAUCGGUGCAGAAUUUGAGAUGUUCAGUCAGAAGCUAACAGGGAAACAGAAGGUUUUGUUUGGUUACUCUAAUAUUGACCUCAAAUCCUCAAUCCAUAUGUGUGUUGAGGUAGAUUAGGAUGUAAAUUAAUUUAAGUGAAAUCUCAAUUUAGCUCAAUACAUGUGGAUUGAGGUCAAUACUAGAGUACCCAAACAAAGCUGAAGGGGUAGGAACUAGGAAGUGAACCUGGGUACGGGCUCGCUGCAUGUCCUGUUCCAUCUGAGAAAGCUUCAGCUUACAGCUCUCGAGCUGCUGAAUGUACGCCUAUGGCACAUCGAAAAAAUUUAACUGUCAGUAACUUGUUUUAUUUGAAGUCA